UAAUGCUGUAGGCAUAAAACACUGCCCCAUUUUAUUUCGUUAAAAAAAAAAUAAAAAUAAAAAAAAUAAAAAAAAAUAAAAGCCUAACGGUCCUUUGCUUGCGGUGGAGGAAAAUUCCCUGUUGUUAAGAUAUACACAGCUCUUUCGUUUGGAUGUGCUGCGUAAAUGGAGCAAGAAGUAGUAGAAGCAGAAGCAGAAUCAGAAUCUUAUUCAACACGGGAUAGUAUAGGUUUUUUAGUUUACUAUUUAUAGGUGAUGCGAGCUCUAUACUUCACUGUGGGACUUCAAAUGUAUGCACCCAUUUCUGAAACAAGUUCAUUGUCUUCAUAGCAGCUCAGUCCCUUCUUACUCUCGCCUCUUAGAUUACUGCUCUUCGAUUAAAUCUCUAGAUUUUAUUAACAUCAUCCAUGCUCGGUUGAUAAAAGUGGGGUUUAAUAGGCAGACGUUUCUGGGUAAUCGCUGUCUUGACUUGUACUGUCAAAAUGGUUCCGUUGAUGAUGCAUUGAAGGUCUUUAAUUAUAUUGUUGACAAGAAUUGCGUGUCUUGGAACAUAUGUUUGAAAGGGUUAUUUCGAUUCGGCCAGCUUGAAAGGGCUUGUCUGUUAUUCGAUGAAAUGCCUGUGAGAGAUGUUGUUAGUUGGAACUCAAUGAUUUCAGCUCAUGUUUCAUAUGGGUUUAUUGAUUAUGCAAUGGGAUUUUUUCUGAAAAUGCAAAAUGCCUGUGUAAGACCAAGUGAAUAUACGUACUCAAUUUUGAUGUCAAUUGCUUCAUGUCCUUGUCAGGGCAAACAAAUUCAUGGUAGCAUGAUAAGAAGUGGUAUGGACUUAUCAAAUGUUGUGCUUGGGAAUUCGUUAAUUCACAUGUAUGGGAAACUCAGUCUUGCUGAUUAUGCUUUUGGCGUGUUUCAGACCAUGGAGAAAUUAGAUAUAAUCUCAUGGAACUCUUUAAUGUGGGCUUGCCAUGGAGCAGGGUGUGGAGAAUUGGCGUUAUAUAUGUUCUGUUUAAUGAGAACAACUCAGCAUAAACCUGAUCGAUAUACAAUAUCAACAUUGAUCAGUAUUUGUUGUAACAUGCGAGAUUUGGGAAAGGGUAAGCAAAUAUUUGGCUUCUCUCUCAAGGUGGGAUUGUUUUCCAAUACCAUCGUCUCGAGUGCUGCUAUUGACCUGUUUUCCAAAUGCAACAGAUUGGAGGAUGCAGUCCAGCUCUUUAAAGAAGCAGAUCACUGGGAUUCGGCACUCUGCAAUUCCAUGAUUUCAAGCUGUGCAAGGCAUGGACUUGUAGAGCAUGUUAUGCUACUUUUUGUGCUGAUGAUGAGGGAGAAUUUAAGGCCAACUGAGUUUACUAUGAGCAGUAUUCUGAGCUCUGCUUCCGAUUUCCUACCUGCAGAUCAGGGUAGUCAAAUCCAUUCUUUGGUUGUUAAAAUGGGUAUGGAGUCAGAUGCAAUUGUUGCGAGUCCACUUAUGAAAAUGUAUUCUAAAGUUGGAUUGAUUGAUUAUGCUGUGAAAAUUUUUGCUAAUUUGAGUGAAAGAGAUUUGAUAUCUUGGAACACUAUAAUAAUGGGUUUGGCCCUCAAUGGCCGUGCAUUGGAGACCUUAGAAAUUUUUGAGGAACUAACCGGGACAGAUCUAGUGCCAGAUCGUAUAACAGUUGCUGGAGUUCUAUCAGCUUGCAAUCAUGGGAAUUUUGUUGAUGAGGGAAUGAGAAUCUUCUCAUCUAUGCAGAAGGAAUAUGGAAUUCUACCUAAGUUUGAGCAUUAUGCUUCCAUAGUGGACUUGUUGAGUCGUGCAGGUAAACUAAAUAAAGCAAUAGGCGUUAUAGCAGAAAUGCAUUGUGCACCCAAUUAUAUGAUAUGGGCAUCAAUUCUUCACAGUUCUGCAGCUUAUGGAAACUUGGAACUGGCUGAAAGAGCAGCAGAAAGGAUGAUGGAGUUAGAGCCGAAGUCAUCUCUACCUUAUUUGGUGCUGGCUCGGGCAUAUGAAAUGAGAGGCAGAUGGGAAAGCGUGGUCCGAAUGAGGAAGGCCAUUAAGCACAAAUGUCUGAACAGCAUAACUGGAAAUAGUAGGAUUGGGAUAAAAAAUCAUGUCUAUACUUUUAAGGCAGACGAAUUACUGCAUCACGGAGGCAAAGAUAUAUAUCUAGUGUUGAGAUUGUUGAUUUGGCAAAUGAAUGUAGAAGGUUAUCUUUGAAUAGUUUGACAAAGUGGAGCUAAAUGGAGGUUUAGUGAAGAAAACAAGAAACUACGAAUCUGUCAUAUUCUUCUUGAUUAUAUUGUUACAGAUAUAUAAUUCUUUUGAUUCACCCACAACUAUGAAACGUUAUGUUUCAAAAGAUUAUUGUAUACCGCCUGAGUCAUGCACAUUUUAUUUGGUCAACGGUAAAGUCACGCACAUUGUUUUGAAAAAUAUUACGCUAAUCCAACAGUUGUGUUUCUGAUA